CAUCCUCCACGCGCUGCUGCUGCCGUUGCUGUGUGAUGUUAUUUGAAUGGGAGGACGAGGAAAAAAUAAACGCGCCUGUCCGUCCGUCUCUCUGUGAAUGAGUGAACGUACCGGAGACAUUUUAUCUAACCUGUCUGUCUGUGACCUAUCAAGAGGGACGCUGUUGUUAAAGAGCAGUUUGACGUCAGGACUGAUUUUCUGCAUCACCCCGGUAAGCUAUUUGUAGCGGCUACUAAAAUAAAAAACAACGAAGAAGAAGAGGAAGAAGAAGCCGGCUAAUAUAACCUGGCUCUACCUUUUUAGCUAGCUAACGCUAACAGACAGCUGUCUGCUAAUUGACCCUGAAGACGUUUAUUAACACAUUAGAAGCUUAUCGCGCCUGGGUUAGCUUGACUCAAGACUUGCUAUAGAAGCUAACUUAAUGUAGCUGGAUCAAGUUAAGAUUAACUGGCUUGUCCGUAGGGUUAGCUGGAUCAAGUUAAGACUAACUGGCUUGUCCGUGGGGUUUCCCUCCAUCAUUCUGUAAUUAUGAAAACCUGAGCGAUGGAAAGAGUGUGGGUGUCCAGGCGAGAGACAGGAAACAUGCUUAAAGAGUAACGCGCCAGUCAUAGCGUCCUAUUACUAGAUGUUUCUCCCUCUAAAUUAUUCUGUUUCAAGUGGAGGAAGAAGUAACUAUUCAGAUCCUUUACUAAAGUUAAAGUACUAGUACCUGACUGUGAAAGUGAAAGUACUACAUCCAAAACCUUACUGGGGUAAAAGUAUGUGUGCACUUGAAUUAACAAAGAGUAAAUCAAUGCGUACUCGCAUGUUCUCUGUCAUUGUUUUAUUAUAUUAAGUAAAACAUAUUUUUAUGAAUCCCAGAGGUUUCUAAAUGAUGUAAAAGUAUUGUGUCUCAUUAUUUGAGCUGAGAAGACCACAGUUCUGUAUUUAGUUUAUUCUGCCUCUGGACCUUUUAUUAUUAUUAUUGUAAAUAAUUUAUAGGUGAUAAAUAUACAGUAAGUAUUGUUCAGUGGUGGGUGAAGUACUCAGAUCCUCUACUUAUGUAUAAGUACUAAUACCACACUAUGAGAAUACUCAGUCAUUGUUCUUCUUGUAAAGAAUCUGUAGGUGAUAAAUAUACAGUGUGUAUGGUGAUAAGCUGUGGUUAAGUGGUGGGAGAAGUACUCAGACCCUCUACUUGUGUAUAAGUACUGAUACCACACUGAGAAUACUCAACUGUAAAUUAAAGUCCUGCAUUCAAAAUCUUAUGUAGGUAAAAAUAUGUAUCAGCAAAAUGUACUUAAAGCAAAAGUAUUGAUUGUGCAGUAAAAGCUUAUCGAACCGGCUUUUUAAAUACUUUAUUUAUCUUGAGAAUCUUCUCCACUCACAAAGGAACACUUUAUCCUUCAGUUUAUAACAAACAUUUAAAAUCACCACAAUAAUGUGGUUUUCACUGGAAAGUAAGGAGAUUAAAAAUAAUAACCUGAAAAGUAACUAAAGCUGUUGGACAAAUGUUGAGUAAAAAGUACAAUUUAGCCUCUAAAUGUAGUGGAGUAGAAGGAUAAAGUUGCAUUAAGUGGAAAUACUCAAACAGUACGAUUACCCCAGAUUUGUACUUAUACUUAUACUCCCUUACAUUCCACCACUGUUUGUUUCUGAAGUUGUCUGCAUAAUUAAAAGUAAUAAAUCCCUUUAAAUUAAGGUGAUGCCUUCCUGAGAUGUCUUUAGUGGUGAAAAAAGUCUUAAAUCCUGAAAAUAAACUAUCAAUCAUGCUUCAUAUGAUCACGAUGAACCUUAAAUAGUCUGUCAUAGGAUUUUCCAGGUUGGGGAAAGUUUUGGAAAAACAGUUUGAUUAAUGUAAAUUAUAAACCAUUCAUGUAUUUGUCUACUGUAAUCAUGCAAAGAGCAGACAUGGCAAAAGUAAACAAAGAUUUUCAGAGCUUUAGGGUGUUAAAUAAGUUAUGCAUUAAUCUUAAGGAGGUAAAAUGUUCGAACUACUUGAAAUAUAACUGUCGGGAAGUUAUUUCCGGCACCUAUCAUAUGUUUUAUUGUAAGAUAAUAUUCUGCAAAGUAAGUCAAACUGCAGCUGUUAGAUACAUGUAGCUAGUUAGGUAAAAUGUUUAACAUUUCUUUAUGAAAUGUAGAAAAAGUGUUAAAAAACCCCCCCAAAACAACCACCACAGGUCUCAAUGCGCUCCGUGGUCUUCUGCAUCCCGACCUCUGACCUCUAAGCUGGCCUCUGGGUAGAAGUGAGGACCUGACUCAGACCCAGUCAUGUACAAACCCUAUAAUCAUGUGGUUGAAUGGUGCUUUGUUGCACACUCGGGAUGAGUGGAGAACAUUUACGAUGCGCUCGGUGAACCGCCGUGCGGCCAUCUUUCUCUCCUUUAAUGACGGUCCUUGUUGAUGAUAUCACAGAGACAGUAAUUACGGUCGUCGGGGUGAAGAGUGAUGAGCUCAGCCUGCCCUUAACUCCAGCGGUAUAUAAAGAGACCCGGGGAUGAGACGGGAGAGUGUGUAGACGUGUGAUAACCGGCUGCCUUGAAUCCAGAAGGAAGUAGUGAGGGACAGCUGCUGUUGGUGUGUCUCCAGUCAGGAAAGGUACGGUCGGCUCUUUAGAAAAAGGUUUCUGCUGGUGUCUGAUUCUGAAUGAGACACACGUCUAAUCACAGGUUAUUAAUGUUAAUAAUGGUGUGUUGGUGACGGAGCUGCAGCCUUCUGUUGGGUUUUAUAUUGUGAUCACCAGACCUCACCAGAUACGUACUUCUCAUGAUAUAGUGCUGCUGAUGCUCUUGUUCUUAGUUUUUUUUUUCUUGGUAGUAAUCUGAUGUGUCGCCGUGAACUCUGGGAGAUUGUGAAAGGCAUCUUUCACUGUUUUCUGAUAUUUUAAACGAUUAAAUCAGUCAGUAAUUGGUGAGAUUUUCUGUGGUGUACUUUGAUAAAUUGAAUUGUGUUGAUGUGGUAUUUGAUUGCAAAUUCUGUCCCCGAAGGAAAAUUUAAGAUAAAGCCUUGACUUAAUUCGUCUUGUGCCAACAUGUUAUUAUUUUUUAUUAUUGCAGCAAAAUGGGAUUAUUCAUUAACCAUACAGCAAUGUCAUGAAUCAUUGGACUGCAUACAAUUAAAUGCAAAAAUGAAAACACACACAAUUACAGUGCUAAAGGUCUUUUGAACCAGGUUUAGUGUGCUUUUAAAACCUUAUUGUGUGGCGUAACAGCACAGUCGCAUCUGAUCAUCUCGUUGGUUUCAUGGCGGUAGAUUUAAAUCCAGAUCGAUGAGACUCCCGUCACUUAUUUUUGUUGCUGCAGGAAUAGAAAACAAAUGAGGAUGGCUUCUCUUGAAACUGUUUCAGACGAGUAAAAGGAGAGUCGAGAUCCAACAGACCAGUGCAGAAGUGUCAGAGAAGAACAUGUUGCCAAAAUAGAACGUGUUGUUAACUUAAUCUCUGCCUGAGUUACUCACCAACCUAUUUAAAAGCAUUGUGUGUCGGUUUGGAGUGGUGACAGUUUGUAUGGUUACACCAUUUGUCUCUUUCCUUUGUGCUGUGUGCAGGCUGGUGUUAGCGUCUCCCCUUUGACCUCCUGCUACACUUAAGACCGAUCAGAGGUUUUAUUUCUGCUCAGUCAGGUGGUGGAGUUGAUGAUAACAAAGGGACAUUUCUCCCCGAGCUGUGUUUACACGGGUCCAGGAACCCUGUGUGCUGAGAGACGUGGCCUUAUUGCUGAUAAUUCUGAUCGUUUGGUUUGCCUGAUAAAGCCUAAUCACCAUUGACUCACUCCCGGACUUUCUCUGUUUUUCUUAAAUGUAUCACAUGUUUGCUCGUGGCUUGAGUGGCAGUCACCUGUUUGUUUUUCUAAUCUGACAACGUCACGAGAGGAAAGUCUCAAAUUUUCGAAACAGGGAAAAACAGGCGACUUUCUAAGAACAGAGAAAGAUUUGAAAGGCUGAGCAGAGCAGAGUCGAGUGCAUGCCGCUGGGACUGAAGUCCAGCAGACUGUGACUAAACAUUUUCCCUUCCUGCUCUUCCCUCUCGCGUCCUCCGUCGCUGACUCUCGUAUUCAACAUCGUAUUCAACUUCGUGGCAGAGGCCUUCGAAGGCUGCAGACUGCCUGUCUCUUCCCACCGUCCUUUAUCUCCACAGCCACAAAUAGGCCUUGGACUCCUCAACGAGUGUGCGGUGACACUGGUCUGACCGGACGGGCUGACAUUUACCAAGCAGCCUCUGCAUUGUUUUGAUUGGACCGCGGCCGUUUGGAUCUUUCAUGCUCUCCGGAGCAAAAUCAGGACGCAGUGCAUGUGUAUUUAACGUCCAUGUUAUCAUCGCAGCAGUUUGACAGCUCCUCUUCCUCACUGGUUAUCUUAUCCGCAUGCCAAACAGAGCGCAGCCGAUGCUGUGUUUUUGAGGAGGAUAUCAGUGCACGAGAGUUUCAAAAGGCAAACGCAUGAGCUAAGAAAAUGUGAAUCCCGUUCAAGGUUUGUCCUCUAAACUUUAAUCAAUCAACUUUAAUCAAAAUUAAAUGAAUAUCGGCAUAAACAGCAAUUGUUGCAACUAAACAAUGAUCUCAAACAAAAAAGAAGCAGUCACGAUAACUCAUUAUUACCGUGAUCACCAUCACAAAGUUAACUGAACGGAGGAAAACAUUUAAUUUGGUCCAUUUACUUAAACACUGACGCAUCAUUUGCAGAUUACUUGUGGUAAGUUGAUGUAAUGUUGGAUCUUGGGUGUUCCCACAGGUAUCGUAAGUGCUUUUGUUUGCCAAACUAAAGACCACACUUCCCAUAAGCCCUGUUAUUUCUCAAUGCAAGUCGAUUCCACUCCUUUAUCACCUUUGCCUCGGUGGUGAACAGACAUUGUUUUAACUUUAGUGGAAAUAAUCUCGUGCUUAAAUGCAACGCGUACUCUGCCUUUAACCUGUAAAGACAUUAAGAAGGACAGUGUUUAUCCAGGGCAUGUCCGUCUUUGCGCUGCUGCCUUUAGUCACUCCUAAACAUCUCAUCACACGUCGCCUCCUUCACUCUUCUCUUAAUGAAAAAUAAAUGUGGAAGAGGAGAGCUGAGGCCUUUUGGACUUAUUGUUGGACGUUUAUCCCGUUGUGAACCUCUUGACCGGUGUAGGUUGAAGCAGCAUCACUGCUGGAGUAAAAGCUUCAAGUAGUGUUUGGGGAUAUGAACAUCUACAUCUAGAUAAUACAGAUGUAUGCUCUAUUGUUGUUUCACCUUUAUUUAACCAGCUAAGUCCCAGCGAUGCGGAGAGUUUUGGCAUAAAAUGAGCUGACAACCACCAAAAGACUUCCAGUAAUCGGUUAUCAGCUUCCUCCAUUUAAUUUAGCCGUCUCUUUAAUAUCUCUGCAGCGUUACACCUUUGCUGGCAAUGCUGAAAAUCAGUGGGAACAACUCAAUGAUGGUAAUGUUUGGAUUAAUGUCAGGUAUUUAAGUUAGUAGAUUAGCAAAAAAAAACAGACAUUCCCAUCAGUUAUUUCAUGGAAAAACUGGUUCAGCAAGUGAGCUUACUACAACACAGUAUAGGCCUGUGUAUAGACAUGCAUCUAUCUAUCUAAAUAUGAUAUAGAACUGAGUUCUGUAAUGGAAGAUUUGAACAAUCAUUUUCCACUCUCAGCAGCAUUGUUCCCUCCUGGCUUCCACUGAGUCUCACUAACAGCAGCAGAAGUAAGGAGGGCAAGGUUCAGAGGAUUGAAUAAGAGAGUAGUGCUCCGGGGAGAAACGAAAAGAAAUGGCACUAAAGAGACUUAAAAACAGGAUUUUCUUUUCUUAUUUUCUGUACCCUGCUUUCCACUUGCUGGAGUUCAGAAUACGGCCUCAUUAGAGAGAGCACAGGUGGACAGUUUGAGAGAGAGAGAAGAUGCAAGUCAUUGAGGAGACUUAUUGAAGGGGAGAGUCUUCUCUUUGCCUCGUCAUCCCCGAGAGGGUAAAGUUUGUGAUUAUACUCAGAUUAGAAGCAGACAGACUUGUCACAUUUCCACACAGCUGACCUCCACAGACACAUAAACUCACUUGGCCACAUGAGCAGUUUGGAUGUAGCGCCUUGCCCAGCGGCAUCUCGGCAGCACACUGUAUAUAAAGAAAGAAGAGGCAGAGUCGGUGUGUCAUUUGUUCAGACUCUCCUGGCUUUAUAAGCCAGUUAUCUGGAGGUUCUAACCCCUCGGCGACGGAGAGGUGAUCCUAUUGGCUGGCAGCAUGAUGGGUUCCUCCACAGUAGCUGAAUCGGAUGUUUUACGAGCUGCAGUAUUUCCCCGUCAGAUUCCACCGCCGGCCUUUAUGUUGUCACAUAUAAAUGGAGGAGGAAUGCUCAUUGCAGCUUCAUAAAAGAAAUACUAACGUGGGUUUGGCUCGGUGCUGGACGCUGUGGUCUUAAGUGUUGGAUUGGAAUGUGAAGGAGGCAAGUCGAUGGGGAAGAGCAGCAGACAGAACAUUUAAGCUGGCAGCUGCCAUUUCUGGUUUAUUUUCUUCUUCACUGCUUCUUCAUCCUUUCCUAUUUCUUUCUUCCUCACCGGUGAGUCGUAGCCUUCGUUUUUAUCUGUCUCUCCUCCGCUGCACUCCUGAGGAGCUGUGCUUCCUUCCACCCCCCCCCCCCCCCCUUGACUUCAUCACUGCUCCCAGGUAACCUGUGGGCAUUACUCAGCACACUCUGAGCCUCGGGGCAGACAGACUGACUCAGGGGCUUAACGCACCAGCUAUCAUUAGAGGCUCUGUAGGAAAAGACCGACGUCCUCCAGCCAGUAAAGAAGCCAGAAAAGAAGCCAUGCUUAUCUGGUCUCCUCAUGGCCGAGCCACCACGUCCAUCACCCUCCUCCGGUGCCAGCUGAUGUUUGUUCUGGCCCUGGCUGUGACAUGUCAGGGAGAGGGUCAGACGCAGUCCCCCGCUCAGGUCCUCCAGGACCUGCUGUCCCGCUACGGAGACAAUGGCACCAUCUCGGUGCCCCAGCUGCGCUCGCUGCUGGCCCUUAUCAGCCAGGGUCAGGGUGAAGGGGAUGCAGGCGACGGCGACGGCGACGGCAGCAACGUGGCGGAGACGCCGACGAUAAACACACCUCUCAAGUCCAACCGCUCCAAGUGCUUGCCUGCAGACACGCUGGCCGUUCACAGCAUCAGCGAGCAGUCCCGGCUGGACGGGCCGGGCCUGCGGGAGCUCUGCCCCACCAUGCUGCAGCAGCUGGAUGCCGGCACCUGCAGGGCGCAAAAAGAGGAGGAGUCAACCGUUGACCCCUCCCCCAGGCCCACAGACGCCGAAGUGUGGGGCUUUUCUUUCCUGAGCGUGACGGUGAUCAAUUGCUUCUCCCUCACCGGAGUCUUCAUCACUCCCCUGUUGAAGACGCGCUACAUGAAAUACGCGCUCACCUUUUUCAUCGCUCUUGCCAUCGGCACGCUGUACUCCACUGCCAUCCUGCAGCUGCUGCCAGAGGCCUUUGGUUUUGACCCCAUGAAGGAUUUCUACGUGUCCAAAUCAGCGGUGGUGUUCGCAGGCUUUUACCUCUUCUUCUUCACCGAGAAAGUCCUCAGAGUGCUUCUCAAACAGAAAAACGGGAGCCACGGCCACAGUCACUACCCCAGCACGGACCGUUACUCGUCAGCCGACGGCCACGUGGAGGAGGGCGAGAAGGAGAAGCUGCAGCACAACGGAGAAGCCAGCAGCCUGGCUCUGGCGAAGGUGGACUCGGGGGAGGGCGAGCUCAUGCUCAGUCCGGCUCAGACACCACAGGACUCCCAGAGCCCGGACAGCGGGGGGCGGUCCGCCGGCGGCUGCUAUUGGCUGAAGGGGACGACCUACUCCGACAUCGGUACGCUGGCCUGGAUGAUCACGCUGAGCGACGGCCUGCACAAUUUCAUCGACGGAUUGGCCAUCGGCGCCUCCUUCACCGCCUCCGUCUUCCAGGGCGUCAGCACCUCCGUGGCCAUCCUGUGCGAGGAGUUCCCCCACGAGCUCGGAGACUUUGUGAUCCUGCUGAACGCUGGCAUGAGCAUACAGCAGGCUCUGUUCUUUAACUUCCUGUCGGCUUGUUGCUGUUACCUGGGAAUGGGCUUUGGCAUCCUGGCCGGCCACAGCUUCUCCCCCAACUGGAUCUUCGCCCUGGCCGGGGGAAUGUUCCUCUACAUCGCUCUGGCUGACAUGUUUCCAGAGAUGAACGAGGUGAGUCGGGAGGAAGAGGACGCCGGCGGCCGCAGCUUCCUCCUCGUCUUCGCCAUCCAGAACGCCGGCCUGCUGACGGGUUUCGCCAUCAUGCUGCUCCUCACCACCUACUCUGGUCAGAUACAGCUGGACUAUCGCCAGACACACCAGCUUGGACCAGUGUGAAACUCACAACUGAGAUGGGUUUUUUUUGUGUGCGCUGGUGUAAACUGACCCCCAAGAGGAGGGAACUUCUCCUCUUGAUCUUCCUCCCAUCCUCGGUUUCCAGGACAGUUUGGCUGCUGUGCGGCAGGUACGCACACCUCCUCUUUUAAAAAACACUUGAGUAGCCGUUCAUGCAGAGUUCACACAUGCAGUAGAUCCCCAGCAAGAGCAAGAACCAGCCUUCAUUUAAAAAAAAAGUUUUAUCGACCUUUUCCCUGAGAGCUGCUCCCUCUCACACUUUAGAAAUAUCCCCUGAAGCAGCGAGUUGACUCAAAACUUUCCCCUCUAUCCUCCGGACUACUGAUCAGCCAUUUUCGGCUCCGGAUCUUGUUUUCCUUCUCUCAGUGGUUGUCAUUGAGCCUCAAGUGUUGAGAUUCACUAGAUGCAGAGUAUUUCUAUCACUAACCCUCGGUGCCCGCAGCACUUCCUCAGGAGGUGGAAAAAGCACAAUCAGGUAACAGCAGCUGUAUUAUUGACAUCCUUCUUCCCCCAGACUUUAACCUCCUGCCCUCUUCAUCACAUACCAAAAACAAAUCGUUACCAACCUGAACUGGAAUUUUAAUUAACUUCAAACUGACUUCCAGCUGGACUCAAUUGUUUGUGUUUUGAUGUUAUAUUUUUUUAUGCGUGAUAAACAUGAACUCGGACUUCUGAAGACCAAAUAUGGGCAGACCAUUGAGAAUGGUGAAGGGCUACACGGACACACGGACUUUCAGUUAGAAACCCCUGAAGAAGCCUGGACCAGAUAUGUCACGCGACAUAAAGAGUUUGAUGUUUGAGGCUUCAUGCAGAUCAACCCUCUGCGCCCUUGUCGGCGUUCCUCCCUCUAGUUUACCAUCUGUGCCCUUCAUUGACAUGUCAUUGAAUCGUUUUUUUAUUCCUCGUAUUCUUGAGCUGAAAAUGCAAAUCUGUGGUCUCCGCACAUCCCGGAGAGGCUAGUUCUCCCUCAAUGAUCUCUUCUUUUACAGUUCAGUAAAGGUUCAAAUAAGAUGAGUUAUAUAUACACACAUCUACGCCUCCUUCUCUGUGACCGUAUCCAUAUUAAUCACAAUAAUGAUAGAAAAAUGAAGUUAUAUACUGUAUCUGUUUAGGUUGUCAUGACAAACCCUCUGAUCCUCUCUGAGCUGCACUACAUGGCCAAAAGUAUGUGGACAAGCUUAUGUGCAGGUUUUUUGUGGGGUUGUUUUUCAUGGUUUGUUUAACGGCUGCUAUUUUGGUAAUAAAUUAAAUGUUUAUGUCAUUUUGUUUUAAGCACAAAUGCAAAAAACUGACCGGCUCCUCUAAUGUUAGGAUAUACAGUUAAGUAAAUAUUUCUGGAUUUUUUUGGCAUGUUGGUCAAACAAAACAACGACAAAAAGAGUUAUGAUAUGUUAUCAAUCAGACACGUUAAAGUGGAAACAGACAACUUCCCCUCACCUCUCGUGUUUCUCUGUGGUUUUAUUGUUUCUGUCGCAAAAACAAAUGGAUCACUUUACGUUUUUUACUACUAGCGACAACAAAGAACACACUACGUGUUGUUUCCCACUGUUCGUCUUGUCCUCGACUGGGGACAGUUACUGCAAAAUAAACUCACAUUGAUGGUCACAUUUGGUAACUGGGGAUAGCUACCGAUAAAUGGAGGCUUAUAGGGAACCGGUUUAAACGCAGAUGGUGUCAUUAUUCUACAUCCAUUUGAUUGUGCAAUCAAUACUUCAUACCGUUAAAGCAAAAAAAAACUGUUUACUGACACUUUAAUCGAUAACUAAAAUAUAGUUAGCUGUCUGCAGUCCUAGAAAUGUAGCUUGUUUGCUUCAAGAUAAAAUAAUAUGUUAGACGACAGGCUUCCAACUUUGUGGCAACAUUUUUCUGUUUCCUGUUUCAACAUGAUGAUCCUCACAGUUCCAAAAUCUGCUGCGAAGCCUCUGCGUACUUUUGGGCAGUGAAAAACGGUUCAUGAUCUGUAAUGGUGUGUGUGUAUCGGAGUUGUUGCCGUUUGUCAUAUUGUAAACGACAGCAACUGUGACUAGUGUUGUUUAGGUUGAAACAGCCAUUCACACCAACGUCCUCCUUUCUGCUGCUGUGGACGCUACAGAUCACUCUCUGCUGAUCCACAUUUACUGACAUCGGAGUGCACAUAUGUUUCGCCGUUAAAUAUUCAAAAAGCAACACAGAACACACAACAUGCUUUACUGUAGAUUCAAUAUUAGAAUAUAAGAAGAGCCGUAGGUUAUUAUUUAUGAGAAAUAGAAGUUGGGAGCCAUGAUUGGCUCUCACAGUGUAAAGACCUAGAGGGCGAGCUAUUAAAACGGUUACCACGAGGUAUCCUUUUUCCCCUUUUUAAAAUAUUUCAUUGACUCCUAAGUACUUGAGAAAAAGCAGUAUGUAUGUUAUUUUGGAAGGUUUUCAAUAUGUUUGGAAAGUUACAUGAUGACCUAUUUUUAUUUUUUUUUAAACUAUCUUAAGUUUAAGAUAGUUUUUUUCCAGAAUCUCUCCCAUUCAGUGACUUAAAAAACAUAUAAUAAUAAAUAACUAUACAAUAUAUAAUCUCUUGUACACUACAGAAACAGAAUGACUUAUGCUGCAUACACUUGUUGCUGCUUGAUAUUUAAGAUGUAUGGGAGAUUAUGCAUUGUUGUUAGAGCCAUAGAAUAUUUAUUUUAUGCUUUACACUCAAGAUAAAAUAUUCAGUUUCGGUUUACAUCACAAGCCAUGAAAGCAGACGAAAGUUCAGUCUUUUUGUUUGUUUAUCUUUUGUUUCAGUAUUUUAUUUUGAAGGAAUGUCGCACAUUUAAAGUCAGCAUAGACACACAAAUAUCUGAAUUUCUGGUCAGUUAUAAUAUAAACCAAUGUUUGACUUUUCUGGAGAUUUUGAUAAUUUAUUGAUGUGCUCUCAGACUUUAUAAUUUAAUAAUAAAAAAUAUUGUACCUAAUGUAAUCUAUUGGAAUCCUCAACAGCCUUCAGUGUGUCAUGGACAUCUUUUUUAUAAACAUUCUUUUCCAAGAAAA